AUGUCCAUUCCAUUUAGAUGGCACGUGUUGAACUAUGAGACACGAUUCUUGGACUGUGCGAGCAACUUGGCCGUUAUUGAUGACGCAACUAUUUGUCUUGACCGUCGCCUCCGGGAUUCGCCCGACAUCAAAGAACUGGCCAUGUUCAUGCUUUCAACCCUUCAACGAGCCCUCAAGCUAGCCAUUUCUCGCCAUCCACUCGUCAAGACAGUGGUAAAUGAUGAUGUUGCCAUGCUUGGAGUUACUGGGGCCGUCAGCCGGCUCGAACAACUUGUCCCCAUUAUUCGCAUGCGCGAAUCCCCACUGGCUAGGGAAGCUAUGGAAGUCCGUCGUCUUAUCACAAAAGAAUGGCGCGAUGGCCGUGCGGCUCUUGUCUCAAGAUGA